AUGGCUAACGGUGGGGUGUACCCCAUGGAUCAGAUGCAACAUUUGCCUGAACAACCCUCCACCCCAACAAGAGCUGGUUUCGGCGGCGAAUUCUUCAAGCUCUUCGGCGGUGGUAACAAUAACCCUCCUCCUCCUGCUGCUGUCAAAAAAGCUCCGCGAGAUGGCCAGGCUCCAAAACGUCGAGGUCCCAAACCUGAUAGCAAACCGGCCUUGACUCGUCGCCAGGAACUAAAUCGCCAGGCUCAGCGAACCCAUCGCGAACGAAAAGAACAAUACAUGCGAGCCUUGGAGACCGAAGUAUCACGGUUACGAGAGGCAUACACAUCGGAGAUUUCCGACGCAAAUGUCCAACUGCAACAGCACAAGGAGGUCCUGCAGUCGGUCCGCACCGAGAACGAAAUCCUCAAGGAGAUCCUCAUCGCGCAUGGCAUCCACUACGAGCCCGAGCUCGAGCAGCGUCGGGCGGAGCGCCCUCCUGUCCCAUUCCAGUCCAGCCCCGUCGCCGCCAGCAGCGCAGGCUCGCAAUCUGCCGGCCUCGCGACUUCAGUCAGCAACCAUCAUACCACCCCGGCAACCUCCAUCUCCCCUAGUCUGAGUCCUACUGCCGGCAGUGGUGUGAUUGGUGGUCUUGAGCACCCCGACAUCUCGCCCCCGAUGGCCUUUGCUCCCCCACAACAGGUCUACCACGCUGGCCCUGGUGAUAGUAUGGGUGCGAUGGAUCGGUCCGCCUGCCAAGCGGCUCCUCCAGUCCCUGCGAUGGGCGGCGUCUUCGAGAGUGACCCACAACUCCAGAUUGACUUUAUUCUAACGUACGCCACAUCCUUUUUACCCAGAUCCCCAAGCGUCCCGUUCCCGUUCCCGUCCCCGUUUACCCCCUUUCAACCCCAUCUGUACACUGCUAACCCCACAAAUAGUUUGGAAGGACCUUGUCGAGAACACACCGACUAUCUCUGUCGUCGCUCUGUCACCGAGGCCGAUGAUGAGGAUAUGCCCUUCUCGGGCCACGCCUUGAUGGCUACCUGCCCACCACCGAGUUAUAUAACAAACACAACACCCGAACAGCCCUAUCCCCAUAAAGCGCCAGAUCUACCGCUCGCAAAUCUCGGCACGCUCCUCAACCUCAGUCGCCAACUCGUCACCGAUGGCCAAAUCACCCCCAUCAUGGCUCUGCAGUGCCUCAAGAACCACGAGCUCUACCCAUCCCUCAGCCGCGAUGACAUCAAGAUCAUCAUCGAAACGCUCAACACCAAAGUCCGCUGCUACGGCUUCGGCGCCGUCGUCGAGGAUUUUGAGCUAAUCGAUUGUUUGAGCAGUGUCCUGGGCACCGAUGUUGACUUGAGCAUGAUUCGCCAUCGUGACGAUGCGAUUUACUCUUGA